UGAGAGACCGAGGAGACGAAAGUAAGAAUGGCGGAUGUACAGAGAAGGGGAAGACCAUUACCACCACCUCCACCUAGAGGCGGCCCACCUCCUCAAAGGAUCCCUCCCCGCCUCCAACCUGUUGAUCGUGAAAAGACCUGUCCUCUGUUGCUUCGUGUUUUCACUAAGGUUGGUGGUCAUCACAAUGACAAUGAAUUUGCUGUGAGAGGCAAGGAACCCAAAGAUGAGGUCCAAAUCUAUACAUGGAUGGAUGCUACCCUGCGUGAACUAACUGAUCUGGUUAAAGAGGUAGCUCCAGAAGCAAGACGAAGAGACGCAACUUUGUCUUUUGCUUUUGUGUAUCCUGAUAAAAGGGGGCGAUUUGUCGUCAGAGAGGUGGGGAGAACGUUUUCUUAUCCCAAUAUGAGGCGACCAGAUAGUGGCAGCAAAUCGUUGAGUGAACUUAAAUUUCAGAUAGGAGAUUACUUGGAUGUGGCAAUCCUGUUCCAGUGAGCUGUUAUGGCACCCGAGUUGGGAAUUAGAAUUAUGCAGAGACCUGUACUAUGUGUUUCUUCUUCACUUCUACAUAUCUGUAGUUUUCUAGAGAAGCUGACCUAACGUUCAUUUUUGCUGUAAAUUUGAGAUUGCCUCUAGAGUGCUCUAUGACUGAAUCUGUUAUAUUACGUUCGUAUCAUAGGUAAUGAAUUUAACUGCACUCUCAGAGCCUACUCCAUUGUUACGAAUUGUCAACACUUGUCCUUUUCUUUGUUAAACUCUGCUUGCAAUUAUCUUUUUA